UCCUUCGUCCACGCCCAGUCGCUUCCUUGAUUGCUUUGAUUGCGCGACGACAGCCGUUGGCUACCACCCCGGGACCAGCGCCCACUGCCAUCUAUAUCAUCGCCUGAGGAACAGAGUCAUCUACCCGAUUGAUUGAGGAGCACCGACAUUGUCGAUAUUACACAGCCAAGUCACCCCGAACGCGAACCAGUCACCAUGUCUUCCGCUGCACCGUUACCCAGAUUGCGCGAUCCUGCGGUGAACAGCACCACGACCACGACGUGUUUUAUUUCUAAUCUGCACUGCCCGUCAUGUGUGGACGGUAUCCAAGCCUCUCUCAGCGCGCUCUCACCGCCGCCACAAGACGUAUUCGUCUCCAUCGUUUCACAUUCAGUGGUUGUACGCCACGCCGCUUCUCUCAACCUUGACGAUAUCACAGUCUCACUAGAAGCUACGGGAUUCGAGAUACACAGUGUGUUUCAAGACACCAAGGCCGUUCGGAGUCCGAUCGAGGUUAAGAACCCCGAGGGUAAGAGCAAGGAGUGGCACACCAGCUUUGAACGCGCCGUCAACCACUGGUUACAUCCUUCUGCCGACCUUGAAGGUUCACACGACGACAUGAAGAAGAAAGAAACUCACCUGACUCAGUGCGAGCAGUGCAAGAGAGAAGGUGGUGGAGUUAGCUUGCACGGCGAUGAGGUGCUGCGAUUCAAGCCUGCGCCUAUCGUCACGACUUCACCCAGAGGUAGCUCCGAUGGCUUCUCGUCGCCCGAACCAAAGUCGCCUUCGUCCGAGGCUUUCGUUGCUGUCCACUCACCUACAGCUCCCCAACUCUACAAAGCAACGCUGUCUAUUACCGGCAUGACGUGCAGCUCAUGCGUCUCUGCCAUUACCCACGCGGUCCAGGAGCACCCCUGGGUUCAGUCAGUCAAUAUCAACCUCUUGACCAACAGCGGAGUGAUAGUCUUCAGUGGCAAAGAGAAGUGCGAGGAGCUUGUCGAGACGAUCGAAGAUUGUGGAUUUGAUGUCGCAGUGGAGAAGCUAGAGGAGGUGCAGACUACAUUGUCAGGAGCUAUGGCAGUAUCGAAGCAACAGAGCGAGAGGUGGCGCGCAACGUAUUCUCUCGGAGGCCUGACAUGCUCCGCUUGUGUCGGAAACGUCGAUCAAGCGCUACGGCCCCUCACUUGGAUUGAAAAGGUUGAUAUCAACCUUGUCUCGAACAGUGCGACCAUCAUCUUCAGAGGUAAGGAACAUCUGCCAGAGAUCAAGGAAAGUAUCGAGGACGUAGGGUACACCGCCACUCUCGAUCAAGUUGUUCAAGAAGGGGUCACAGUGACCGACACCAUCGAGCGUUCCGUCGCGAUUCGCAUAGACGGUAUGUUCUGCCACCAUUGCCCAGACAACAUCACCCGAGGAUUGCAUGAAGCGUUUGCGAUCGAGCGCAGUUUUGCGAUCGACGAUCCAUCACUGUCGUUCGAGCAACCCAUUCUGCAUAUCAGAUAUGUACCCGACCCUCCUUGCUUCACGGUCCGAAAGAUCUUUUCGAUGAUCGAAAGUCUCAACCCAGCGUUCCAGCCUUCGGUUUUCCACCCUCCGACACUUGAAGAGCGCGCGCGUCAGAUGCACGCACAAGAGCGGACGCGUAUUCUGUUCCGCCUCAUUCUAUGCAUCAUUGUCGCGAUUCCCACGUUUGUCCUCGGCAUAGUCUUCAUGAGCUUGAUUAGCUCUAAGAACCCUAUACGCAAAUACCUCAUGGGCACGAUGUGGGCCGGCAACGUCACUCGACUAAGCUGGGCGCUCUUCAUCCUCGCUACACCUAUCUAUUUCUUCGCCGCCGAUACAUUCCACCGACGCGCACUAAAAGAGCUGAGAUCGAUGUGGCGACCAGGAAGCCGAACCCCGUAUCUGCACCGCUUUACACGUUUCGGUAGCAUGAACAUGCUCAUCUCGCUCGGUACGACAAUCGCAUACCUAGCAUCGAUUGUAGAGCUCAUCCUAGCUGCAACGAAGAAGUCUUCUGGUUCCAUGAACGACUCUUACUUCGAUGCAGUAGUCUUCCUAACCAUGUUCUUACUGAUCGGUCGGUUCUUGGAAGCUUACAGCAAAGCUAAGACUGGCGAUGCUGUCACCUCGCUUGGAAAGCUUCGACCAAAUGAAGCUUUGCUCGUCGACGCAGAGAAAGGUGACACCAAGAUCGCUACUGAUCUUCUUGAGGUCGGUGAUGUCGUUAGAGUCCAUAAUGGCGCUUCGCCACCGUUCGAUGGAGACAUCAUCGAAGGCAGCUCAAACUUUGAUGAAUCAAGCUUGACUGGCGAGUCGCGUCCGGUCAAGAAGAUAGAGGGUGAUACUGUGUUCUCCGGUACAGUGAACAAAGGUUCAUCGGUCAAGAUCAGGGUCACGACAGUAUCGGGUACUUCCAUGUUGGAUCAGAUCAUCAAUGCUGUGCGAGAAGGACAGUCGCGUCGCGCACCCGUCGAACGCGUCGCUGAUACUAUCACUUCGCAUUUCGUACCUUUCGUCAUUGCCGUCGCUAUUCUCACCUGGAUUGUCUGGCUCAUCCUCGGCACCACGGGUGCUAUUCCAAGCGAUUGGAAGAAUGAAGGCGCUGGCGGCUGGGAGCUCUGGUCUCUUCGCUUCGCCAUAGCCGUAUUCGUUAUUGCCUGUCCCUGCGGUAUAGGUCUAGCCGCGCCAACUGCUCUCUUCGUCGGAGGUGGUCUGGCCGCCAAACAUGGUAUCCUUGUCCGGGGUGGUGGUGAAGCUUUCCAAGAAGCCAGCUCACUCGACUGCAUCGUCUUCGACAAGACUGGCACCUUGACACAGGGUGGCGAUCCAGCAGUAACGAAUCACAAGUUCUCUAACUACCAGAACGCUGCACUUGUGUUGGGUGUUGUCAAGGCGUUGGAAGAGAACAGCAAUCAUCCUAUCGCUCGAGCGCUUGUCUCGUUCUGUAACAGGGAGGUUCACGACACACCCACAGCAGUCAACGUGGACGAGGUGCCUGGCAAGGGUCUGAAGGGUACCUUUAGGGUCGAUGGACAAGACUUUACCGCGAUCAUUGGUAAUGAAAGCUUCAUGGCUGACCACAACGUCCCUAUCCUCGCCGACGAUGCGUUGUCACUGCAGAAGUGGAAGUCGCAGGGAGAUUCGGUCGCUUUAGUCGCCUUGUUCCUACCGCAAAAUGGCGAGCAAGGUGCGGCAGAGCGUUCCGAGCCAUCCAAUACCUCGGAGGCCCUGUCACUCGCCGUCACUGAAAUUCAACCUGCGUCAUCUUGGCGACUCGCAUGUACCUUCUCCAUCGCCGAUCCGCUCCGCCCUGAAGCACCAGGCGUCAUUUCAGCCCUGCAAGCGCGCGGUAUAGACGUUUGGAUGCUAUCCGGCGACAACCCUACCACGGCCAAUGUUGUAGGCGUACAAGUCGGAAUCCCAACUUCCAACAUCAUAGCUGGCGUCCUUCCUGACCAGAAAGCCGAGAAGAUUAAGUACCUCCAGCAGACACUCACCAAGCCGCACAAAUCUCAAAAACGCGCAACUGUUGCCAUGGUAGGUGACGGCAUCAACGACGCACCCGCACUCUCCACCGCCGAUCUCAGCAUAGCAAUUGGCUCUGGUUCCGACAUCGCCUUGUCAUCUUCCUCAUUCAUCCUCAUCAACUCCCGCCUAACGACCAUCCUCACGCUUCUCGACCUAUCCCGCGUAGUCUUCCGCCGGGUAUACUUCAACUUCGGAUGGGCGCUUAUCUACAACCUCGUCGCCAUGCCCAUCGCCGCUGGCGUCUUAUUCCCCAUUACCACCGGCAGCAAGCAGAUGGAUAUGCAUCAUAACGGCGUUGGGAUGGAAGGCGGUAUGGCGAUGGAAGAUACGGGCAAGAAACAUAUUAGACUUGAUCCUGUUUGGGCUAGUUUGGCGAUGGCGUUGAGUAGUGUGUCGGUGGUUUGUAGUAGUUUGGCAUUGAGGAGUAGGGUGCCUGGUGUGGGGUUUAGGGUCAAAGUUGAAAGGUUGGGUGACGUGGUAACCGCUUGA